UAUGGUACAGGCGGACACACCAAGUACUAUGUGGGUCAUCAGGAAGCACACGUACUAUGUGGGUCAUCAGGAUACUCAAGAGGGUCAGGUCAUUCAGAGGUCAACAGGGGUCAACCAAGCUUGGCGUCACAAAAACGCGACGACAGCGUCGAAAAUCAAGACAACAUGGAUGAGGACACAGACAUGUCAAAGGUCAUGGGUUUCUCCUCCUUCGGAGGAACAAAGAAGAAGGCGAGGACCUUUGACCUUGACUCCAUACUUGAACAGACCAGAAAAACAGCCCAGGAAAGGUCACGGAAGGUGUUCGAGGAAAGAGCAGCAGCGAGAGACAGUGACAGUUCAGAUGAGGACAGGAUGCCCCCUCCCAUGGCCAGACCCCGCCCUGGCCCCCAACCCUCAACCUCCUCAGCCAGCCAGAAACCAGCACCCGAUUCAGACUCAGAUGAUUCAGACUCUUCAGAUGAGGCAAUGAUAGGACCACCAUUACCACCUACUCAAGGAGACAUAAAGAAAGAACCAGAAGAAGAGUUCAUUGGUCCACCGAUGCCUCCCAAGAACUCUGACGGGGACAGUGAUGAGGAUGAUGAUGAUGAUGGUGGUGAUGAGGAGGAGGAUCCUCUGAAUAAGAGAAUACCUGCAAGUCAUGAGAUCACUUUGGAACAUGGCAACAAAACGGUGUCAGCCCUUGCCCUUGACCCGUCGGGGUCACGGCUGAUCACAGGAGGUUAUGACUAUGACCUGCGGUUUUGGGACUUUGCUGCCAUGGACGCCAGUCUGCAGUCUUUCCGCACGAUUCAGCCCUGCGAAUGUCACAACAUCAGGUCCCUGGCCUACACCAUAACAGGAGACAUGAUCCUGAUAGCAGCAGGAAACUCACAGGCUAAGGUUUACGACAGAGACGGCUUUGAGGUGCUUGAAUGUUCUAAAGGGGACCAGUAUCUACAGGACAUGGCUAAGACUAAGGGCCAUGUAGCCUCCUUGAAUUGUGCCUGCUGGCACCCAAGAACAAAGGGACUCUUCCUGACUUGUUCAGAUGACAGCACGGUACGAAUCUGGGACGUAGAGUCGGAGGGUAAGAAGCACAAGACGGCCUUCAAGGCACGAUCUCAGCAGGGCAGGAAGACUGGGGUCACCUCAUGUGGGUUCAGCAGGGAUGGGAAACUCAUCGUGGGGGGAUGUGAGGAUGGGUCCAUACAAAUCUGGGAUGCUAACCUGAAUGUCCACACUAAGUUCCUCCAGAGAACAGCCCAUCAGAAUGGAGCUGGUAUCACCUGUGUGAGCUUCUCAUAUGAUAACAAAGCUCUGCUCUCAAGAGGAGGAGAUGACACUAUGAAACUGUGGGACAUCCGGAGCUUCAAGAGACCGCUGAAUGUCGCCACCAAACUGCAGUGUUUCUACCCAAUGACUGACUGCACGUUCAGCCCGGAUGAUAAGAUGGUGGUGACGGGUACACAGGUGAAGAAAGGAGAGGGGAACGGCAAGCUGGUGUUCCUGGACAGGGAGACAUUCAGGACGGUGGACGAGAUAGAACUGCAGGACACUGGUGUUGUCCGUUGCCUGUGGCAUUACAGGUUAAACCAGAUCAUUGUGGGCUGCAGCAACGGCAAGGCUAAGGUCUUCUACGAUCCCAACAAGAGCCACAAGGGAGCCAAACAGUGUGUUGUGAAGACCAAGAGGAGCAUGAAACAGGUGGAGACUGUGGUUCAUGAGCAGAUUCUCACACCUCAUGCCCUCCCGAUAUUCCGAGAGAACCGGCGUGGUCGGAUGGCGUGGAAACAGCUGGUGAAGGAUCGCUCUGACCCCGUCCGGUCUCACCGACCUGACCUGCCUGUCAGUGGAGCUGGUGCUGGUGGCAGACUUGGUGCUACCGGCAGUACCCUGUCUUCCUACAUCUCCCGAACCAUCGCACCAAACAUCAUCGAUGACUCCAACCCACGGGAGUCGAUCCUACGUCACGCUAAAGAAGCCGAGGAAAACCCUGUGUACCUCGGACAUGUGUAUAAAAUAACCCAGCCUGACCCCAAGCUAGCAGAGAAGACACUAGAACAGGAGAUAGACGAGCAGGAAGCCAAGGAGAAGGAUACAACACCGGCCUGGAAAAAACUCAAACUGGCAUGAGCUGGGAAAACAACUAACAUGGGGGAGGGGGGCUGUAAUAAAUGUACAACUUGUCAUUUGUUUUACUAACACAUGUACCUAAAUGUAUGUCAUGUUUGUUGACAAUGUCCUGUUUGUUGAGACCAAAAGAUCACAGAACGUAUAAUUCAAUAAUUUGUUCUUUGUUUUACUAACACCUACCUACAUGUAGGUUGUUUCUGUUGUAUCAUAGUGACAUGGAGCAGUU